AUGGAUAUCACACAGUUCAUUGCGACCAGCCGCGAGGCUCUGCUCGUCGGUGACUACAAUUCAUACCGCGCUCACCUUUCCCGCCGACUCCUCGCGACCCGAAAACGUCUAGGAAGAGCCACGCACAAGAAGGAGAAGUUCGCGGCGAAGCCAGUGACCGCGGAGGAUGUUGCCAAAAGCCAUGAGUUUGCGCAUUUACUACUGCUCACCGCGGAGCGCGCAUGGGCUCAUGCUAUGCACGUGAAGACUACACACACCGACGACAAUGCUGGCAAGGGAAUCACUGGAUCCACGCGGAGCUACAUCAUUUCACGUUUGAACAAAGCUUCCAAGGUCGCCAAUGAGCUCUUGAACUUGUUGAAGGACAGCACUUCCAAUGCGACUGAUCAAGCUUUGCUGGAGACAAGAGCUUACCAAACGUCAUUAUCUGGCGCGGAGGAAUUCGAGAAGCAAGCAGAGGGACAGCGUCAAGGCGAUGGUCAGGCGAGUGAAAAGAGAUGGCAAAAGUGCUUGCAGAGGUACUCGGAGGCUCGCGUGAUAUACGCUGCACUGCUUGAGAAGGAGAAGAAGGAAAUCUACAGGGACAUCUUGACCAACACAAUCGAUCCUACGAUACGAUAUGCUGCGUACCAAGCUCACCUUUCACGCACGAUACCAAUUCCGACAGUUGCGAAGCGCUUCUUUCCAAAGGAGGAUGCUCAGCUUGUCAAGGCGGUGCAGAAACUUGAUCCGGCAGCUCUCGAAGACAAACCGGCACCGCAAACCGGCAACGAUGCGUUGGCCAACGUUUCGUCUGCAGAGGCCAAAUUGCGUUCGUUUCUGUCUUCCAAUUCGACCUCCUCACCGCGGGACAAGGCUGCUGCGUACGACGAUGUUCUGAUUGCAUCUCAAGAUGCGGCAGACGCAACGAAGAGUGCCACCGAUGAGCUUGAGAAGGAACGUGUUGACGAGGGCGAUGCUCGCAUGCAGAACCUGCGUGUGACGAGCCUGUCUGUCAAUUACGACUUGGUAUCUUGGCGCGUGGGUCGCAACCGCGUAUUGAUUGGAGAGGAUGACGGCUUGACGUUCGGCGGUCAGCAGAUGAAGAAGUCUAAGAGGCUGCGGAAAGACGGCACUCCCUACCCAGAACAAGAGGAGUCCAGAGGUCGCAAGCUUGCGAGAUUGCGUGAGCGGAAUGUGUUGUACGACUCGACCAUUCAGAGCGUCAAUUCCAUCAAGGAGCUGCGCGGAGCUAUGCGUGAUCCGGCAUUCGUCGAAGAGUUGGACGGCAAGGUGGACUACUUCCGAGCGCUGAAAUGUCUAAACAUUUCGUAUUCUCACACGCUCCUCGGCAAUCACCUCAACGCUCUCGCUCUGCUGAAGCGAGCACAACAACUGCUGUCUCGACCGGCGCCAGCGACCGCAUCGAGUGCCACCGAUAGCCCGCCGACCUUGGACAUUCGACCUGCUGCGUUCGACAAGUUGAAAGGCCACGUCGAAUCUCUCGCGUCUCGCAUGCACGCUAUAGUGGAAAUGCGCAGUCUAGAGGCCAAUUCGGCCAAAGCAGCGCAGAAACACAUGUCCUCGGCGGCACCGAUCGUUCAACGCUUGCACGACUACCCGACUCCAGGCACAAUGGUCGAUCUUGCCAAUCUUGUGACUUAUCCUCCGAAAAUCGAGGCGGUCCCGGUGAAGCCGUUGUUCUUGGACGUUGCAUUCAACUAUAUUGAAUAUCCCGGAAGGAUGGCCGGCGGGGAGGGACCCCCGGCGGUGCUGUCGCAAAAGCAAAGCAACGCGGCGCAGGAAGAGGUCUCUGAGAAGUCCGAACAGCCGGCGCCAAGAAAGGGCUGGUUUGGGUUUGGGCGAUGA